UCGAACACUCACUGUAGACCUUCGCCUUCCCCUGGUAUCAGAGCGGCGGAGGAUUUCUCCAACCACCGGUGUCUCUCUCGCUGACCCCUUUUUCGUUUUUUUUUCUUCUUUCCACCGACUUCUCUUCUCUUUCUUCUUCUUUUCUUCUCCUCCUUCCUUCAGUCCGCCGUUUUUCUCCUCUGUUUUUCAUUCUUUCGUUUUCGUUUUCUUUUCUUCCUCAUCUCACUGACCGGCGUCACGAAUCAUUUCGCGUCCGAUCACUGGUUUUCCCGCACCUAUCUUCAUCGUUGGCUCGCUCAUCAGUUCUGCCGAUUGGAGUCUUCCCACUUCCCAACCUCCCCUGUUUGGAAGCUGUCCGCCGAGAAUCUGUUGCUGGUAUUCGGAAGGCUGAAGCUCAACUGAAGACUGCCACCAUCUGAUCGUGUUGGACUGAAAUCGAUACCAACAAUCGUCGUCUGGCUCGGAGGUCGGUUCUGUUCGUUUGUUUGCCGCAAGUCAGGCGUCUCUGGUGUUUCUGUGCAGAUUGUUCUCAGGCCACAUUCUCCUCAGGUUCUUUCUGCUGGUGCCUGGGUAGGACAGAUCAACAUGGCUGAUGAAGAGCCAAAGCCCCUGGCAUAUGUUCCAGAGGUUACACUGAAAAAAAGAAAAAACACUGAAGAGGUUGCAAUAAGAAGGAGAGAGCAGUUGGAACAGAGAAAACGGAGAAUUAAAGACUCCAAGAAGAACCUCUUCAAAAGUGCUGAGCAAUUCAUUAGAGAAUACCGGAGCAAAGAACUGGACCUCAUUCAAAUGAAACAUAGGGCAAAGCGUAGGAGAUCAUCGCAAGUUACACCCAAAUCCAAGCUGCUUUUCAUAAUCCGCAUUUGUGGCACCAAUGAUAUGCAUCCGAAGACUAGAAAGAUAUUGCACUUUUUGAAGUUGUGGAGUAUUCAUAGUGGUGUAUUUGUAAAAGCAAGUGACGGGAUAAUGGGUAUGCUGCAGAAAGUGGAACCAUAUAUAACAUAUGGCUAUCCUAAUCUGAAGAGUGUGAAAGAGUUAAUUUAUAAGAAGGGUUUUGGAAAGAUAGAGAAGCAGAUGGUCCCUCUCACAGACAAUAACAUAAUUGAGCAGGCGCUUGGAAAAUAUGGUGUUGUAUGCAUAGAAGACAUUGUGCAUGAGAUAGCCACAGUUGGUCCACAUUUUAAGGAAGUAACAAGUUUUCUGUGGCCCUUGAAGCUGAACAAGCCAGUAGGAAGUUCACUGUUUAAUAAGAAACCAUACAAGGAUGGCGGUGACUCUGGUGAUCGCGAGGAUAAAAUCAAUGAUCUCAUCGAUAUGAUGAACUAACCUUACAAAAUGCCGGUUCAAUGCAAACUGUAAUACAAAAGUUGGAGCUAGUUUCAGUUCAUGCUUCUUAUGCUAAGAGCUCAAGUGACCUGCUGUGUCCCCACAUUUUUUUAUCAUGGAAUCAAUUUCAUUUUCAUUGCCAA